AAGAGGGGUAGGGUAAGGUUUUUCAGAGAAAGAUAUUCUUGAUUCUCUUUGUGCUGUCUAUGGCAACAACAGUUCCUAUCUCCUCCUCCUUCUCCUACAAUACUCCUCUUGGGUCCCAAAAUUUCAGAAUCUUCCUAUUUGGUUCCAUUAAAUUCUUCUUCCUUUAACCUCACUUUUACAGGUUCUUCUGCCAAAACAACAUACCUAUCUCAACAGGGUAUUUCGAACUCCAGAAGUAAUGGGUGGUAACGAAAUUGAUUUGUCUGGGGAUGGAGGUGUUAUUAAGACCAUUAUAAGGCAAGCCAAACCUGAUGCAACUGGUCCAACUGAGAGCUUUCCACUUGUUGAUGUCCAUUAUGAAGGCACUCUUGCUGAAACGGGUGAAGUUUUCGACACUACCCAUGAAGACAAUACUAUUUUUUCGUUUGAGGUUGGAAAGGGAGCUGUGAUCAAGGCCUGGGAUUUAGCCUUAAAAACCAUGAAGACUGGUGAAGUUGCGAAAAUAGUUUGUAAGCCGGAAUACGCCUAUGGAAGUGCCGGUUCUCCCCCAGAAAUCCCUCCAGAGUCAACUCUUGUUUUCGAGGUAGAGUUGGUGGCAUGCAGACCAAGGAAAGGCUCUAAUGUCGCUAGUGUAUCGGAUGAAAGGGCGCGUUUAGAUGAACUGAAGAGGCAGAGAGAGAUGGCUGCUGCGACCAAGGAAGAAGAGAAGAAGAAAAGAGAAGAAGCCAAAGCUGCUGCAGCCGCUCGUGUGCAAGCCAAAAUGGACGCUAAGAAAGGUCCUGGAAAGGGAAAAGGAAAAGGAAAAUAAGACUUCAACCUGGCUAAUCGGGACAUCUGCACUAGUCUCUUUGUAUCUGAAGAAAGUUACCUAUGUAUUAGUCCAUAAUUUUGCUGCAACGACUAUGGUUUGGUUUCAAAUCUAUGACAAUGUAAUUCUUACUUGAGCACGACUAUAUGAGCUUGCAUAGGGAAUGUGCUGAAAUUCUUGAUGAAUGUUCCAUUUCUGGUGCUUAACAAAUGUUUUUU